CCACCAGAAGAUUCGUAUCCUCAAAAAAAUCCCCAGUCGAUUCAGAACCCUAAGCGGUGCCAUCCUCACCUCAACAAGACCACAACUAUGGCUGAACCCGAUUCUCCUCCUCCUCCUCAGCUGAACUUACCUUCUUUCGUCGUCAACCUGUUCCCCUUCCUCAAACCUAAGUCUCCUGCUAACGUUACCGAUGGUGGUCCUAAACCCACGGGAGGAGAUAAGGAGACUCAGAACUCGACCGUCUCUUUCCCUUACAAUCCUCCCAAGAGCACUGAGCCACUCAAGGUUGAAGCCGAGCCUAGCUCCGGGACCACUUCCAAUUCCCUCGUCAUUUGGCAGGUAUAUGCACUUGGAGGGUUUCUUGUCCUGAAGUGGGCUUGGGCGAGAUGGAAUGAGAGGAACGAGAAAAAGAAGUCAACGGAUGAUGAUGAUGAUCAAGCUCCUCAUCCCGAAGAUGAUUGAUGAUGAAGGCUUUGUCAUAUUUGCACGAAGAAAAUGAAUCUUUUACCCCCAUUUUGGUUCUGUAUAGCAAAAACGCCCUUUCAGAUUUUCUUAUAUUCCAUUGUAUCUCUACUCAAGACUAUUGAGUUUCUUCUACUUCUGUAAUGACUACGAUUCUUCUCUCUCAAUGCAGUUUUUUUUCUCUUCA